AUGCAGAGCUCACUAAUACAAAGGAAUGACGGGCGGUCAAAAGUGAGCGACUCUCGCAAUCCGAUUCUUCCCCAGGAUUUGGUCUAUGCCAAGCGUGCUUUGAAGGGGGACGUUAAGUUUGUCAAUGAACCGACCAAGGAACUAUCUGAGGACUAUGGCUUCGAUAAGCAUGGGCUGAUUGUUCGACGGAGAUUUGCGGCAUCAUCCUUGUCUUCGUCAACAUUCCACGACUCUCCGAGGCUUAUUAUUGGAAACAACGACCAAGAUGGGUUCCCGAGGCCGACUGACCCGCGGUCGGCAUCCCAGCUGUCUUCUCAAGCCCAACGUGAUAUUGCACGCGACAGCAAUGUGGCGCCGACCCCGUCCGGCCAGGGACCACCAUCGCUAUCGUCCCGUCCAACGACUCUGGAAGCCAUAGACUUCGCGACAGAAUCGCCGUCGUCGCUGCGCCAGUGUUCAACCCAUACUUCCCCUACCGAGGACAAUAAGUCAACCCUCAUUCCAUCGACUCCAUUACCGGCAUCGAGUGCGUCUUCAGCCGCUCCAGGUCUGACAGCUAACGAGACUUCGAGGCAAUCGUCAAGCAGCUUGAUAGAAAUCUCGCCAUCGCGAUCAUCCAUAAGCGAAAAUAACAAUCAUCACGAGUGCACGCCUCUAACCACACUUAGUUCAGUACCACAUACGGUAGUGAAAAGUAUAGGUUGCAAUGAUGCUUCACGAUUGCCAGUUGCCUUUUCACCAUCAUCGCCGUCCUCGACAUCUUGCCAACAAUGCUCGCGAUUUGCCGAGUCGCCUUGUGUCAUCUCUGAUCCUGCAGUUCCUGCGACAGCACCAUAUUUAUCGUCAAUCUCACAUAGGCUGCUGCCGUCAUCACCUCUCGCAACAACAAAGUUUCGUAAUUCGGAGCCCUCAUUGUCCCCCCCGGAAGAGUUUUCACAUGAAGCCAAAUCAAGUAUGGUCGAAACGCCUGAGGUGGCCUGCUCAGAAGACGACACCGCCAUUGAGCAGGAGCCGUCACAUACUGCGACUGUUGCCUUCAGCUCUACAGUUGAAGCCACGAACAAUCCAACACGAUCACCUUCGACAGAUCCUAACCCGGCAUUUUUGCCGCCCUCCGUAUCGCCGCGUUCCUCGUUCCACCACGAAAUAACCCAAACCCUGACGGCAACCUCAAAUUGCCGCGUCGAUGGCGCUGUCAAAUGCACCGUGGCUCCCUGUUUGCCUACGAAGCCUGAACUCGUUAGGAAACGACCUGGAUCCAAUUCACACGAAUCUUUACCGAAGAAGCAAAAAGAGAAUGAUGGGGAUCCUACCACCGCAUUGGUUACACCACUUCGCCCAUUAUCAGCGGCAGCUUCGGGGUCCCACAGGCUGGAUAGUCACGCCACAAUUAACUCAACUGAAUCGACUCCAUCUUCACCGACCUUGGCGGCAAACCCCUGGCUGAAGGAUGCCAUGUUAUCCUUGGACCGACUGGACAAAAACAAAUGGCUCAACGAUGCCAUAAUAAAUGCCUACAUACAUGUUUUGGCCAAGCGACAUGGAUUUUGUUUUUUGAACAGCCAUUUCCUGCAAUCUGUACCGACCUUGUCGUGCAAGGCUGAGUAUGGGGAUCCCCUGGAGUCGGACUUUGUUCUGAUGCCUAUCUAUGAGAAUCACCACUGGUACCUCUUGGUCAUGUAUAAGUCAGACACUGGAGACACGGCCCAAAAUCGUAUUGUUUGUUUUCUCAACUCCCUAGAAUCGCACCCCCUGUCGUCUGAUACUUCUGCUCGAUGGAUACAAUAUCUCAAUAAUCUCGGUUAUCAAGGACUUGUCCGCCAAAGACAAGUCAAGGUCCCCCAACAGUCUAACAGCGUGGACUGCGGAGUCUUUGGCCUUGCGUUCGCCUACCAGAUCGUCGAAAAUCUUCAACAGUUCAUCGAUUCUGUCGAGAGCGGGGCGAGCCUGGGCUGGACGAUCGACGCAUCCAAGUGGCGCAGGCGUCUACGGCGUGAACUUGAGCUCGCAUACGGCCUCGAUUCCGCUGCUCCGGAUUGCAAAUUUAAGAACACCGGGCACGGCGAUGACGAAACCUGUGCAGAUGUGAUCUCGGCAUGCCACGCCUUCAAAGCUCCCAAAGCUUUGAAGCAAGCCCUGUCGUUAGCCACAGUUGCCUCUUUCGAAGCCACUGCUGUGGACCUCGAAAUAAGCCAUAACGGGACUAUGGCCAGUGUGUUUACUACCUCGAUGCCGCCUGAAUCAACAUUACUGCUAAAUAACGAUGUAACCAUUGUCUUGUGA